CAUCUCCAGUUCUCGACACGGCACGACACCGACCCGAGCGCGGCGGAGCGAGAGAAAGGAGGGGCACUGCCGGCGAUCUCAGCCAGCCCGCGUCGUCCCCAACGCCGGCGACCCACGCUUCCCCCGAACGAUCCGAGCGGAGAGAGCGUGCUGCAUUCUGGGAUGGCGGACUCCGUGUCCAAGGUGCUCGACGACGACAACCUCCUGGCCGAGAUCAUCGUCCGCGUCGGCUUCCCCACCACCCUCGUCCGCGCCGCCCUCGUCUGCAAGCGCUGGUUCCGCCAAGCCUCCGACCCCGCCCUCCUCAACCGUUUCCGCAAGCUCCACCCGCGCCGCCUCCUCGGCUUCUACCUCCAACUCAGUUGGAAUCUAAGCGUGGCCGCACGCUUCAUCCUGGUGCUGCCUCAGCCCCCGGAGCUCGGCACCGUCAUCCGCCGUAAAACCUACCAGUACCAGCUGUGCAGCUCGAGCCAAAUCAUUGGCUGCCGGAACGGCAACCUGCUCAUUGGCGUCUUCACAGGCGACUUCGCACUUGCGGUGCACAGCCCGCUCUGCUCCGACAGAGGCCUGGCCACCCUCCCAGCACUCCCAACCUGCUUUAUUUUCACGCUGGACAGUUUCGUUACAUUCCUCUCCAAAGAAGAAGGCGACGGCUUGUCAUAUUUUUAUGUGGCGGGGGAGCCUACCAAGGAUGCAACAGGAUCUACGGUGCACGUAUACGUGUUGCGAAAUGGUGAUGGUGCCUGGCGCGAGCAUCUUACCUUGUCCACAGACCAGCAGCUCGCUCAUCUGCGUUCGGAUCCAAGAGCUGUGCUCGUUGACGACAAAAUAUAUAUCGCGUCUGGCCUGAGUGACAUUGUUGUCUUUGACUUGACGGUUCCAAGCUUCUCCACAAUUCACCUCCCACAUGGGGUGGAGUAUGUCACUGGUGGCACCAUACUGUCACGGGCCGAUGAUGCUUCUGGUGUAUAUCUCAUCCAUGCCGGCAAGGACCUUCUACUUCGCAUCUGGCUCCACAAGGAGGGCGACGAUUGGUUGCUGGUGGACACCAUUUGUUUGCAUGAGAUGUGUGCUAACUUGAGGAUGUUAGAUUGCACGGUUGAGGAUGACCCUACUGCUAUUCCCCGGAUAAGCCAUGUGGGGGACUAUGCUGAGUUUGUGUUCUUGGAGAUGGGUCGAUGCGUACUCCUCUUGGAUGUCAAGUGCAGGACACUGCGUAAAUUGUAUGAGAUGCCAAAAGAUGAUCCAUUUUUUCGGGGUAAAAACUACCCUGUCGAGAAGAUUGGUGAUAUUCAUCCUGUUAUGAUGAUCUGGCCUCCCAAAUUCCCUGUGCUCAAGGAUGAUCCUGCAAGAAAUGCCAUGUGAAGAAGAAGGAUGAUAUCAGGAAGUUCUCGAUAAGGGCGCCAUCAAGGAAGAGCCCCAAUGAUCUGCUUGUUAGUUUGUUAGCUGAUAGAAGAAACUGUCCUAGAGGAGAGAGGAGUCCAGUACCAAUAUCCUGUCGCUGCUUUUUGUUUCCCCGAGUGAAUCACCACUUGAUUACCGGAUCAAGUAUAGCCGGAGAAGGCGAUCGAGAUGUUUGUUUCCUGGGUGAUAUUGAUAGUACAACCAAUUAAUCUUUGCUUGCACCGAUUAUGUUUCUUUCUGUAUUUGUUCUUCCCCUCGGAGGUCUGCUUAAUUAGAUGAGAUCUGCUGCAUUUUA